AUGAUGCCAGUGGGACUGAACUGCCCCGAAGCUCUCGAGAAGGAGCUUCUCCUCUUGGAAGAAGACGACGAAGAGCUUACCAGCACCAUGGCCGGCAUGCCUCGUCUCGGUGCCCUUGGGCACACCUUCACCGCCAUGCGCGCCAUGCAGUUCGUUUCGCUCAUUGCCAUCAUCGGCAUGACCGCAGACUUUAUCAGCGAGAUGGUCUCGGCGAAUGCAAAGCCCCCGGCGGUGCUGAUCGGUACUCUCGUGGUUGCCUGCGUUGCAACUCUUUACAUCGCCAUUUCGUACAUUCUCUACUGGGACUCCAUGCUGCCUCUUCUCAUCGCCACCGCGGCUGACAGCGCGCUGCUUAUCGCCGUCAUCGUCGUGGCCGUGACCCUCGGCAAGCCCCUUUCGUAUCUCGCCUGCAAAGACCUGCCCACGGUCAAGGGCAGCACUGCCUCCUUCAUCGCCUCGGUCGGCGAGAACAUCCUCAAUGCCACCGACGACAGCGGCAAGGUCAAUUACUUCGUGUGGGUCGGCGCCGCGCAGAAGACGUGCUACGCCAUCAAGGCCGUCUGGGGCCUCUCCAUUGCUCUAUGCGUCCUGUUUGCCUUCUCAUCCGUCACUACCAUCUGCCUCUGGCGCCGCACCAAGCUCAACCAGGGUCCUGUCGGCAAGGACAUCGAGAGCGCCUGA